AUUUAGAGAAACAUGGCACAAAAUGUGAAUCCAUCAACAGCCGGGACAAGAUUGCACGAUCAAGGAGAUAAAGACGGGAAUGGAAAAGUUGGAGGAUCUGCGUCUCAGCAGGUCUCUAAACGGUUACAGUCGGAGCUCAUGAGCCUCAUGAUGUCACAGGACAAAGGUAUCUCAGCCUUCCCUGAUGGUGAUAAUCUUCUCUCCUGGGUUGGUACAGUUGUUGGUCCACAGGACUCAGUGUAUGAAGGUCUCAAGUAUAAGCUUAGGUUCGAAUUCCCCUCAGGAUACCCCUACCAGUCUCCAGUAGUUAAGUUUAUUACACCCUGCUUCCAUCCUAACGUGGAUUCCCACGGUAACAUCUGUUUGGAUAUUCUAAAGGAGAAAUGGUCUGCGUUGUAUGAGAUUAGAACUAUACUGUUGUCUAUACAGUCCCUACUAGGAGAACCUAACAACGCAAGUCCUCUUAACACUCAUGCUGCAGAGCUCUGGGCUAAUCAGGUUGCGUACAAGAAACAUCUUCUAGAAAAGUAUGAAAAGGACAGCAAGCAGCAAUAAAUCAGAUAUUCCCUCUUACCAUUCUCAACCCUCACCACCUCCUCCCUCUUCACCUCCUUCUCACCUUCUCACCACCUCCUCCCUACCUACUCCCUCCUCAUCAUCCUCCCGUAAAAUCCUCCUCUUCCCUCACCAUUUCAACACACCUUUUUUCAAAUCCCACUCUAGGAUAAUAUUACCUGAUCCCUAUUGGUUAUCAAACAAGAUUUCAGUUAGUCUCUAAUUACCAAGUUUAGAAUAUAUCAAGUUUACGGGAAAUUUAUUUUUAAAAUUUCAAUUUCAAUUUUCACGAAAUCGACCUUAUUUUACAGGAGUGACACAAUUGUGUGUUAUUCAUCAAAUCUCAAUUUCUAUUUUUUUUAAAUAUUUUGAAAUAUUUUCUCGUGUUUUAUCAGGUUUUAAAUGUUCACUCAGUUGAAUAGUUUUCAUAUGAUUUUUUUGUAGUCUCUUCAAUUUUAUGUGAUCGUUAACUGAAUUGUAAAAAUAAGAUCAAUCAGA